CUGCUGGAACUGCUCGCGGCCUAGUCCCGACUCGUGUGUGCCGGUGAGCAGGAGCUGGGGGCAGCGGCGGCCCUGGCCUGCGGGGGGACCCGACGGGGCCGCUGCCAUGGGGGAAUGACGCGCCUGCGCCGGCUGUUACGCUGCAGCGGCGAGACAUGAGGAGACCCCGCGGUGGGGGCAGUGGCGGCGGCUCCUGAGCCCCGGCAUGGAGGAGAAAUACGGCGGGGACGUGCUAGCCGGUCCCGGCGGCAGCGGCCUCGGGCCAGUGGACGUGCCCAGUGCUCGAUUAACAAAAUAUAUUGUAUUGCUGUGUUUCACCAAAUUUUUUAAGGCUGUGGGACUUUUUGAAUCAUAUGAUCUCCUAAAAGCAGUUCACAUUGUUCAGUUCAUUUUUAUAUUAAAACUUGGGACUGCCUUUUUUAUGGUUUUGUUUCAAAAGCCAUUUUCUUCUGGGAAAACUGUUACCAAACACCAGUGGAUCAAGAUAUUUAAACAUGCAGUUGCUGGGUGUAUUAUUUCACUUUUGUGGUUUUUUGGCCUUACUCUUUGUGGACCACUAAGGACUUUGCUGUUAUUCGAACACAGUGAUAUUGUUGUUAUUUCACUGCUCAGUGUUUUGUUCACUAGUUCUGGAGGAGGACCAGCAAAGACAAGAGGGGCUGCUUUCUUCAUUAUUGCUGUUAUCUGUUUAUUGCUUUUCGACAAUGAUGAUCUCAUGGCAAAAAUGGCUGAACACCCUGAAGGACAUCAUGACAGUGCUCUCACUCACAUGCUUUACACAGCCAUUGCCUUCUUAGGUGUGGCAGAUCACAAGGGUGGAGUGUUGUUGUUAGUACUGGCUUUGUGUUGUAAAGUUGGUUUUCAUACAGCUUCCAGAAAGCUCUCUAUAGAUGUCGGUGGAGCCAAACGUCUUCAAGCUUUAUCACAUCUUGUUUCUGUCCUUCUUUUGUGUCCAUGGGUUAUCGUUCUUUCUGUGACGACUGAGAGUAAAGUUGAAUCUUGGUUUUCUCUCAUUAUGCCUUUUACAACGGUUAUCUUCUUUGUUAUGAUCCUGGACUUCUAUGUGGAUUCCAUUUGUUCAGUCAAAAUGGAAGUUUCCAAAUGUGCCCGCUAUGGAUCCUUUCCCAUUUUUGUUAGUGCUCUUCUUUUUGGAAAUUUUUGGACACAUCCAAUAACAGAUCAGCUUCGAGCUAUGAACAAAGCGGCACACCAGGAGAGCACCGAACAUGUCCUGUCGGGAGGAGUGGUAGUGAGCGCUAUAUUCUUCAUUUUGUCUGCCAACAUCUUAUCAUCUCCCUCUAAGAGAGGACAGAAAGGUACCCUUAUUGGAUAUUCUCCUGAAGGGACACCUCUUUAUAACUUCAUGGGUGAUGCUUUUCAGCAUAGCUCUCAGUCCAUCCCUAGAUUUAUUAAAGAAUCACUAAAACAAAUUCUGGAGGAGAGUGAUUCUAGGCAGAUCUUUUACUUCUUGUGCUUGAAUCUGCUUUUUACCUUUGUGGAAUUAUUCUAUGGUGUGCUGACCAAUAGUCUGGGUCUAAUCUCUGAUGGAUUUCACAUGCUCUUUGACUGCUCUGCUUUGGUCAUGGGACUUUUUGCUGCCCUGAUGAGUAGAUGGAAAGCAACUCGGAUUUUCUCCUAUGGGUAUGGCCGAAUAGAGAUUCUCUCUGGAUUUAUUAAUGGACUUUUUCUAAUGGUAAUAGCUUUUUUUGUUUUCAUGGAGUCAGUGGCUAGAUUGAUUGAUCCUCCAGAAUUAGACACACACAUGUUAACACCAGUAUCAGUUGGAGGGCUGAUAGUAAACCUUACUGGUAUCUGUGCCUUUAGCCAUGCCCAUAACCAUAGCCAUGGAGCUUCUCAAGGAAGCUGUCACUCAUCUGAUCACAGCCAUUCACACCAUAUGCAUGGACACAGUGACCAUGGGCACGGCCACAGUCACGGAUCUGCAGGAGGGGGCAUGAAUGCAAACAUGAGGGGUGUAUUUCUACAUGUUUUGGCAGACACACUUGGCAGUAUUGGUGUGAUCGUAUCCACAAUUCUUAUAGAGCAGUUUGGGUGGUUCAUUGCUGAUCCCCUCUGUUCUCUUUUUAUUGCUGUAUUAAUAUUUCUCAGUGUUGUCCCACUGAUUAAAGAUGCCUGUCAGGUCCUACUUCUGAGACUGCCACCAGAAUGUGAAAAAGAGCUACAUAUUGCUUUAGAAAAGAUACAGAAGAUUGAAGGCUUAAUAUCAUACCGAGACCCUCAUUUUUGGCGUCAUUCUGCCAGUGUUGUGGCAGGAACAAUUCAUAUACAGGUGACAUCCGAUGUGCUGGAACAAAGAAUAGUGCAGCAGGUUACAGGAAUACUCAAAGAUGCUGGAGUAAACAAUUUAACAAUUCAAGUGGAAAAAGAGGCUUACUUUCAACAUAUGUCUGGCCUAAGUACUGAAUUUCAUGAUGUUUUGGCUAUGACAAAACAAAUGGAGUCCAUGAAAUGCUACAAAGAUGGUACUUACAUCAUGUGAGAUAACUCAGAAAUUACCUCUGGGGUAUGAAGAAUGAAGAUUAAAUGACUCAGUAUUUAUAAUAUUGCCAGAACCAAGAAAAUUGCACAUAAUGGUACAGAAACAUUUUACCAUAUUUGAAAAUUUUUUUAAAGCUUCCUAUUCUUGGAUCAAGAAAUCUUUCCUAAAAGAAGUUUAAAUCCAGAAUGAAGCAUUAACUGUACAAGUAAAAUAAUUAUUAUUUGAAUUAUGUGUAUAAAUAAUCUUAAAAUGUGAGUGAACAUGAUGUAUCACAUCAUGUUGAAAAUGGACAACUAAUGAUGGAUCUAGUGAAGACCAAAAUUACUCCUGUGUGUUUACUCUCUGUCAGAAAGCAUCUCCAGUGUAAAUAUGUAUUUACAUGUUUAUUACCAAGAUCCAAAUGAAAAAUCGAAUUUUUAGUCAAUUUUUUGCAUAGCCUAAGGAUAAAAUAGGAAUAAAAAUUCUAUAUUUAUGGAUUUUCUGUAUAUAAAACUGGUUUCUAAUUAUAACAAGUCCAUUCAGUAGAAUCCGUAUUGCCGCUUUAAAUGUCUACUAAAUUAUUUGGGAGAAACUUCAGCCACUGAUACGAGACAAGCAGUGAGAAUGGAGAAGUAUAACAUUACGGUUUUUGAUGUAUUACAAAACCAGUCACUCUGUAAAAUAGAUUUUUUACUCUUGGUAAUAUUUGCAAAUGAAUAAUUAAUUCAUUAGGAUAAAGAACUUAUACUAAGGUGUGUCCAUGUUAUUCGUUCACUUGUCUUCUUUCUCCAAAGUUGAGUAUUCCAUUGCUUGUUAUAUGUCUGGUAUCCCAAGCUGCUUAUCAAGCUGGUAAUCAAGCAAUGCUAGGCUUUUCAUCUUUUCAUUUAGCUCCAUAUAUUGUGGAGCAGCCAGUUGAGAAAAUGAUAAAUAAUUGUCAACUCAGAGUUGAAUUCUCUACCUAUGGAUGUGUAUAUUUUUUUUAAUUUCUGGAAUAUAUGAAUAUAUACUAAAUAGCAAAGAAUAGGUAGUUAUUUUAAGGUUUGAUAAGUAAAAUUUGCCUAUAAACAUUUGAGCACCACGAAAUUAAAAUACUUACACUGUAACUACUUUCUGUAUGAAUAUCUAGUUUAUAUUUUAUUUUCAAUUUAACUGAAUGUGUAGUCUGAAAAGUCGCUACAGUAAAUAAAUACAUAGUAAUAUAUACAGUUUUAUGAACACCAAAGAAUGUUG